AUGGCGGUCAGUGAUCUUGUUGCAGCUCUUUUUUCCUUUCCAAGAGAAAUAGUGUUCGUAAACUUUGAUAGACAAUGGCUGAUUGGUGGUGACAUUGGUAAUGCACUAUGCAAGUUAACUUUCUUUACUCCAGAAAUGUCUUUCGCUGUUUCUGUAUAUAGCUAUAUUGCCAUUGCUAUUGACCGGUAUUGCGCCGUGGCUCAUCCAUUCAAGAGACCUUUUGAGGGCAAGUUGAGACACAUAAUUACAGUCAUUUGGAUUGUUGCAGCCGUAAUCUCCUCACCAUAUUUGUACUUUUUAACCACAAUAAAAGAUGGCAACGCAUUGUAUUGUAGUUUAUCUAACAAGUACCUGUCAUCAUUCUUGCUUUAUGGGUAUAUCUUUGGAGGUUUCGCCAUUUUUUUGCCAGUGUUGUUUAUCACAAUCACCUACACUUUUACCAUCUGCAAACUUUAUCACCACAAAGUAACCGGAUUGGCAACAUCWGAASGAAGAAGAAGAGAACAACAAAACAAAAAAGUGCUAAAACAUGCUGUGACAGUUGUAGUUUUGCUUUAUCUUUGCCGCGGUUUUCAGUUCACUUUUGCAAUGUUGAAUUAUCAUGGAAAGUUGAACAACCUCUCGUUCUCAUUUUAUUUCAAUUUGUUCUAUGCCUCUGCUGUCAUUUAUGGAGCCAGUCUUGUGUACAACUUUUUCAUCUAUCUCAUCUUCAAUGAUAWUUACCGUGAGAAUGUCAAAGCUUUGGUACCCAAGUGUUGUUGUCAAACUGGCGCUAACAGAACGCAGCCAAUGCCAGGUGGAGCGGCAGUGAUAGAAAUACAGGAACUGAAUUGA